UAUAUAUAUAUAUAUAUCCAAAAUCAAGAUGGCAAGUGCUCAAUGCAAUCGUGAUCAAUUCCACAACCAAGCUGAGGCCAAAUCAGAGCAAUGGGUAGAAUCAGGUAACAAUAGAGCCUCUAUUAACAAAGUUGAAGAUGCAAUCCAAAGAGCUCGUGAAUCAGCUCAACAAAAAAGGGAACAAAAUUCUGGAUUCCUUCACCAUACUGGAGAACAAAUGAUGCACAUGGCUCAAGAUGCGGUUGAUGGGGUGAAGAACACAUUUGGAAUUGGAUCAAACAAAAAUAAGUGAAAGACAAUACUACCAUUUUUCCAGGGAAUUAUCAUCGCUAUGUUAUAAGCAUUUUUAAUUAAUCAGAAUUAUCAUCACUAUGUUAAUAUUAUAAGCAUGUUAUAAUUUUUGUUAAUUGGUGUUUGGGUAUCAGACUACUUGUAAAAAAAGAAGAAAAAAAAAGACCUCAAUAUAAGAUACGCGUUGUUUCUUUUCCAUCUUCUUCCCUUCUUGUCUUUCUCUUUCGGUUAGAUAUAGUUAUGCUUCCGGUGCCGAUGAAUGGUAGUUUCAGAGUUCGAGAUGCUUGAGUUUGUGGAUUCCGCAA